AUGGCUGCAAAUCGUCGCAAGCAGGACGAUAAAAAUUUAGAAAUUUUACGUGAGCUUAUUUCACUCAAUGGGAACAAGUAUUGUUUAGAUUGCAACCAAAGAGGACCUACAUACGUGAACAGUACAAUAGGUUCUUUUGUUUGUUCAAAAUGCUCGGGAAUGUUGCGUGGUCUUACACCGCCUCACCGCGUAAAGUCCAUUUCCAUGGCCACUUUCACGCCGGAAGAAAUAGAAUUUAUAAAGGCAAGAGGUAACGACUACUGCAGGCGCGUUUGGUUAGGCCUUUACGAGGGUGAAAGUGUGAAUUUUACUGAUGAGCAAAGCGUCAAAGAUUUUAUGUCUGAUAAAUAUGAAAAGAAACGCUAUUAUCUGGAUUCGCCUGCAAUUACGACCGCUCCCGUCAAUGGAAGUUCAACGAAGAAUAAGCCUAAACUUAAGACCGGAAGUAACGCGUCGAGCGCAGCGCCUUUGAUAUCGAUUUCGCCGCAAACAUCGAAAAAUACGGUCAAUAAUAACACGGUCGUUCAAACUGCGAAAGUAGUGAACAAUUUGCUGCCUGCUAACGACUUGAGUUACAGAGUAGCUCAACCAGUCAACAAUUUGGUAAAGCCCAUCAUGAACACUGUAAAUGUCACACCAGUACCUGCUGCUGUACCAGCCUCAGUACCUGAUUUUCCUGUCGAUUUUUCUACAGCAAAUAUUUAUAAUAGUAGUCAGAUCAAUAAUAAUGUGAACAAUAGUUUUGCAACUCCUCCGUCCAUGGUUGCACCAGCAUUCAAUGCUUUUAGUACCCCUCCACAGCCUGCAAAUGAUCGCUAUGCUGCACUGGCAGAUUUAGAUAUGGCUUUAAGACAACAAAACAUGAAACAUAUGGAGGAAAAUAAUGUUGUAAAUAAUAAAAAUCCAUUCCAAAGUACCACAACCAAUGAUCUGUUUGCCAGUAAAAAUCCAUUUUUCAAUGGAGGAUGGAGCACCACCACAACAACGGUACCAGUCAAUCCGUUUAUGCAGUCUACAAAUAAUGGGGGUUUUAUGAAUUCCAAGAAUCCAUUCCUCUGA